UCAGGGCUCUCUAAUACUAUAAAACGCCCACAAAUCUCCCAUUACCAAACCGUGGAACACAUCAAGAGAAGAGAAGUACACCUACCAAUCAAUAAAACCAAACCAAAGCAAACCAAGAAAACAAAAAUGGCAAGGGCCGCUGUUGUUGCACUCAUCUCCGCUCUCUGCACUCUGGCCCUUGCCACCACCUUCGUCCACUGCGCCCCCGCCGAGAAAUUUAGCGUCCGCGGCCAGGUCUACUGCGACACCUGCCGCGUCCAGUUCCAGACCAGAAUCAGCGAGUACAUGGCGGGCGUGGUGGUGCGCUUGGACUGCAAAAACAUAGACAAUGAGACUUUGACGUAUAGCGUGCAAGGCGAGACGGGGCCCGACGGGAAGUAUAGUUUGAGCGUGGAUGGAGACCACGAGAACGACAUGUGCGAGGUGACGGUGGUGAAGAGCCCCAAGGAGGAUUGCAAGGAGACCGUGGCGGGGCUGGAGAAGGCCCGGGUGGUUUGCACGGAUAACGUUGGAAUGGACGGCUCCGUUCGCUAUGCUAACCCGCUGUUCUUCAUGAAACGCAAAGCGGAUGAGCGGUGCCCCCAAGUCUUGAAGGAGAUCGAUUUCUUCCCUAAUCAAAACAUGUAAUUUUCUUUCUCGUCAUCAACUACGUAACAAACAACAACAACAACAACGUAACAACCCUUAUUAGUUGCCCUUGCCUUUUAGUGUCAACAUCAUUGACUACCACUUCUCUUCUUCUAUGUAUUGUUGCGCCCGCGGAAGUGGGAUAGAUCAGAUUGCAACAAUAAUUUGAGAAAGAAAAAUAAAUGAGACACAGAUUUUACGUGGAAAA